AUGGAGGCGGCGGCGAUGCGCAAGGCAUCGUCGCAGGCGUCGCUGGCGGACCCGGACGAUUUCGACCUGACGCGGCUGCUGAACCACAAGCCGCGGAUCAACGUGGAGAGGCAGCGGUCGUUCGACGACCGCUCCCUCAGCGAGCUGUCGCUCGCCGGCGCGGGCACGGCCAGCCGCGGCGGAUGGGGCUACUACGGCGGAGGGUGGAGAGCUACGAGAGCAUGUACUCCCCGGCGGCGGGCUGCGGUGUUCGUUAGGGAGUUCGUCCCGAGCGCGCUGGCGUUCCUGAUGAACGGGGAGCCGGAAAUCGUGCGGAACUUCCUGCUGAAGACGCUGCUGCUGCAGGGGUGGGAGAAGCGGAUCGACCGCUUCAAGCUCGGCGAGGGCGCCAUGCCGGCGAGCUUCAAGGUGCUCAAGGACCCCAAGCGCGGCGUCGACAAGCUGGUGGCCGACUUCGGGGAGAGCGCCAUCGGGCGUGUGGCGCCGGUGGAUUCCGGGUUCUGGUGGAUCAUCAUCCUGAGGGCCUACACCAAGUCCACCGGCGACAUGGCUUUGGCCGAGACGCCCAUGUGCCAGAAGGGCAUCCGGCUCAUCAUGAACCAGUGCCUCGCCGAGGGCUUCGACACCUUCCCCACCCUGCUCUGCGCGGACGGAUGCUGCAUGAUCGAUCGCAGGAUGGGUGUGUACGGGUACCCGAUCGAGAUCCAGGCCCUGUUCUUCAUGGCGCUUCGGUGCGCGCUGCUGAUGCUGAAGCCGGACGCGGAGGGGAAGGAGAUGAUGGAGCGGAUCGUGACGCGGCUGGCGGCGCUGAGCUACCACAUGCGGAGCUACUUCUGGCUGGACUUCCAGCAGCUCAACGACAUCUACCGGUUCAAGACGGAGGAGUACUCGCACACGGCCGUCAACAAGUUCAACGUCAACCCGGAGUCCAUCCCGGACUGGCUCUUCGACUUCAUGCCCACCCGCGGCGGCUACUUCGUCGGCAACGUCAGCCCCGCCCGGAUGGACUUCCGGUGGUUCGCGCUCGGCAACUGCGUCGCCAUCCUCGCGUCGCUCGCCACGCCCGACCAGGCUGCUGCCAUCAUGGACCUCAUCGAGGAGCGGUGGGAGGACCUCGUCGGCGAGAUGCCUGUCAAGAUAUGCUACCCGGCCAUCGAGGGACACGAGUGGCAGAUCGUCACGGGCUGCGACCCCAAGAACACAAGAUGGAGCUACCACAACGGGGGAUCUUGGCCAGUGCUACUGUGGCUGCUCACUGCGGCAUGCAUCAAGACGGGGAGGCUGAAGAUUGCUCGGCGCGCCAUCGACCUAGCCGAGGCGAGGCUCGCGAGGGACGGCUGGCCAGAGUACUACGACGGCAAGCUGGGUCGCUACAUCGGCAAGCAGGCGAGGAAGUUCCAGACGUGGUCCAUCGCGGGGUACCUGGUGGCCAAAAUGAUGCUGGAGGACCCGUCUCACCUCGGCAUGAUCUCCCUGGAGGAGGAGAAGCCGACCAAGCCGGUGCUCAGGAGGUCGGCCUCUUGGACAGUGUAA